AAAUUUUUCUUGAUGGCAGAGGAAAGACAAGUGAAGAAAGAAGAUGAACUUACUCUCUCCCUCCCAAGAGAGAGGGGUUUGGCAUCCUCAAAUAUGUAUCUAUUUCAAGAAUUUUGGUGCCCAUCGAUUCUUAUGAAAGAGGUAAACAUUUUUCAGAAGCAGUUUCAAGCAAAAGAUAGUGAUAUUAUUGUUGCUAGUUUUCCAAAAUCAGGUACUACAUGGUUGAAAGCCAUUGCUUUUGCCAUUGUAAAUCGCCGAUGCUUCUCCAUUUAUAACCAUCCAUUGCUUACUUCCAAUCCUCAUCAACUUGUGCCUUUCAUUGAAUUCAUGCAUCCUGCUGAUAGUCAUUUUCCAACAACUGAGCCAAGGCUUUUUGGAACUCACAUUCCAUUCCCUUCGUUGUCUAAGUCAAUCAUAGAGUCUAAUUGUAAGAUAAUAUAUAUUUGUAGGAACCCUUUUGACACUUUUAUCUCAGCCUGGAAUUUCUUUAAUAAAAUAAAGCAACAUUCUUCAUCUGUACCAACAAUGGAGGAAAUUUUUGAAAUGUAUUGCAAUGGGAUAAUUGAGUUUGGUCCAUGGUGGAGUCAUAUGUUAGGUUACUGGAAGGAGAGCAUAGUUAGACCUAACAAAAUUCUGAUAUUAAAAUAUGAAGAUCUUAAAGAGAAUGUCAACUUGUAUGUGAAAAGAGUUGCAGAGUUUCUGGAUUUUCCUUUCACUCAAGAAGAAGAAAGCAAUGGAGUGUUCGAAAGCAUAAUCAGGUUAUGUAGUUUUGAGAAGAUGAAGGAUUUGGAAGUUAAUAAAUCUGGAAUCUCGUACAAAAUCGUUGAGAAUAAGCACUUCUUUCGAAAAGCAGAAAUAGGAGACUGGGUAAAUUAUUUUUCUCCUUCAAUGACAGAAAAACUAUCCAAAAUCAUGGAAGAAAAAUUAAGUGGAUCUGGUUUAUCAUUUGAAAUAAUGCAUCCUUGAAAUUUCAAAGCAGUAAGCGACUACUACAAAUAAAUAGCUAUAUGUAUCG